UCUCCAUCACACACACAAACCCUCUGUCUCUGUCUCUCUCUCUCUCUCUCUCUCUCUCUCUCUCUCUCAUUGUUUGCUCAGAGGGGGGAGGGAGGGACACACUAUUCACACCCCUUAACCACUCAAUACAGGCUCUCAUGCUUUUGAUUUCUGGGGAAGAAACCUUGUUAUACUCUUUGGAAUAGAUAAACCAUCCUUUUCAAAUUUCAUAUUUUCUAUCGGCGACUCAUCAACAACAGUCAUGCUGAUUGGGUUCUCAACUUGCUGCUGAUAUUUCCCAGGCAUAUUUUCAAGAAUCAACCAUGUUGAAACAAUCACCUAGUAAAAGUCAGAGGACAAAAGGCUUCAAGGUGAAGCAUGCAAUACAGAUAUGUCUUUUGCUUGCCAUUUGCAUCUGGUUGCUUUACCAAGUCAAACACAACCAUGAAAAGAAGAAAAGAUAUGAGGAGAGCUUCAAAAAGAUAUCUGAAAAAAUGCGGAAUGGGCGUGAAAUCAUAAAAUUUGGGAGGAAGGACCUCCAUCCACAAGUAGAGGAAACAGCUUUGGAAAUCGAAGGUAAAGAAGAAUUUGAAGAAGAGGUAGAAGAUAGUAAACCAGAAGAUAGCGAGGAUGACGGAAGAGGCGGUGGAGAUGAUGAAAUUGAUGGACAUGAUCAAGAGAGAAUCGAAGAGGAAGAAUCUGAGGAAGUAGAGGAUUUAACUGAUGAAGAAGAUAGGGAAAGGGAAGAGAGAAGUGAAGAACUAGAUAGUGAAGUGAAAGGAACUCAAAUUGAGGAUGUGAUAUUUUCUGAAGAUCAAACCCAAACUGAAGGUGAAAGGAAUACCCUGGAGGCAAGGAAGGAACAUUACAAAGGUGAUGACGCCUCCAGUGCUGUGGUUCAGAACACUCAAACUAUGAGCACCAAAUUUGAAAUUGGGGGUUUGAGAAAAGUGAAAGAGCAACAAGUAGACAAUGCAGACAAGAUGGAAGUAGAGUCGGACAAUGAACCGAAUAGCACCCUAGAAGUUAUGGUUAAUAUAAAACAUUCAGACCCUGAGUUGAGCAAUAGUGUGAAAGUAGAAAAUGGUGCUUUCCACAAUGCUGUUCAUGGUGAAGAAAAAGGUUCUGGACUUGGUUUUGCUAAGGAGGCAAAAAUCAGACCAAAAGUGCACCGUGAUUUGCCAUUGGUGCUGAUGGACGCCCAUGGAUCUUCGAAUGGAACGGAUACAUUGUCAAAGUUGACUCAGGUCAUUGGUUCAACCUCUAAUGGAAGGCAACUAUUCUUGCAAGCUGUUUCAGAGGAGCAGAAUAAAAGCCUCAAGGCUGAAAAUCAGCAAUUAGAUGUCAAUUUUACUCUUUCCAAUAGGGAAAUGCUUGAUGCAUAUGCUGUAUCUGAGGAAAGAUCUGCUUCUGAAAGCACCAAGGAGGAGAAUGAUUUUACAACAAAUGGGAAUCUAGUAGGCGUUGUACAGAAUGAGUCCUUUGAUUUUUCUGAACCCUCAUUCUAUCAAGAAGAUGAAGAUGAUGAAAAUGGUUUGGAGGCCUUAGCAGAAAUUGGAAAUGGAAUGAGCAAUACUGGAGAUAAUGCAGCUGAAUGAUGUUGGCCUUUAAUGAAGGAUAUUGGGUUGUUUCUUCUAAGAAUAUACUUGUUAAAUUGGAUAACCAACAUGUUUAGGUGUCAAGUAUUUGUGCUAGCUAGUUAGGUAGUUUAGGCCAUGAAACAAAAGGGUCGCAAGACAUGUUUUGUGGUUGGAGUUGGAUAUGCAUACAGUCAGUCUACUAUUGUUGGCAAUCAAUGAUGAGAAUUAAUUAGAAUAUGCUGCA